AAUCAACGGGCCCCUCCCUCAGAACUGGAAUAUCUAGGAAGGGUCAGGGGAGGGAGGAACAGAAAGCUAUUGUCUUCAGGUUGUCCCACUGUGCUCUCCGUAGCAGCUGCACCCUUUUGGAAUUCCGGGUAUGAGGUAGAGAGGACCCAGGAAGAGGGGAGGAGAGAAGGCCACACCUAAUGUGGCUUCAAAGUGCCUUCUAGACCACUUCAUGUGCCAGAGAAGUUCCCUGGGAAAUGAAACAAGUAGAGGAUCCUGGGAAAAGUGAAACUAAAGAGUUAAAGUAGAAGUGGACGGGUAAAAAAAAACAACAAAAAAAUCACAGAGGAAAAAAGAAGUGGUCUUGAGAGCUUGCACUCUAAAUCUACUCAGUUCCUUGAAAGUAUCUCCGUUGUGUUCCUACGGCUAAAGAGGAAUGCCAUAUUCCAAACUCAGUGGGAUGAGGCGAGACUGGCACAGGAACGUUUUAUGAAUGAAACAUUUGGAAAAUAAGUUACAUUGUAUCUCAAGCAUGCUUUGAAAGAGUGAGUGGCACAGAGGAAGAGGAGGAGAGUGCCGGAGGAAGAUUUACUGAUCCCACUCCCCUUAGAAGAGUAUCGAACAAAGAACAACCACUACAACCACUGCCAAAGCUUGCUGCCCCCCAAAAAAGUCACUUUACACAAGCUCAACGUGACGGGGUGAAGAAAGAGCUGGCAACGCUAACAGCAAAAUUUAGAGCAAGUAAAAGAGAAGGUAAGUACAUUUGAUCAAGGGGUUAAUUUGAGGCUUAUUCACUUUGAGGUAUAUUAAUAGGUAUAUAAUGCAUUUUAUUGAGUACAGCAAAAAUGGGCAAAUACAUGCGUGAAGGGUACAUCAAGCAUAUUGGACACGCAGGUCCGAACACUUUGAGGUUUAUUAAGUAAUCACAACGGAACUGCAAGUUUGAGGUGAACACUGCUCACAGGUAGAAUAGACGAGUUAGAACAUUUUUAUAUUUUAUUUGCUGUUUACUUGAAAACAAGAGAAAUCUCAAUGUAUCCAUCCUGGUAAAAUAUUUAAUAAAUAAAUAAAAAGUUUGGCAUUAAAAAAAAAAGUUAAAGGAUCUUAACAUGUAUAGCUUGGAGGAAAGACGAGACAGGGGGAUAUGAUAGAAACAUUUAAAUAUAUAAAGGGAAUCAACACAGUAAAGGAGGAGACUAUGUUUAAAAGAAGGAGAACUACCACAACAAGAGGACAUAGUCUUAAAUUAGAGGGACAAAGGUUUAAAAAUAAUAUCAGGAAGUAUUACUUUACUGAGAGGGUAGUGGAUGCAUGGAAUAGCCUUCCAGCUGAAGUGGUAGAGGUUAACACAGUAAAGGAGUUUAAGCAUGCGUGGGAUAGGCAUAAGGCUAUCCUAACUAUAAGAUAAGGCCAGGGACUAAUGAAAGUAUUUAGAAAAUUGGGCAGACUAGAUGGGCCGAAUGGUUCUUAUCUGCCGUCACAUUCCAUGUUUCUAUGUUUUAAGUUCCCUUGCCAGUUCUCUGCGAUUCUCCAUUUAUUAUUAUUCAUAUUUAUGAAGCGCCAACAAAUUCUGUAGCGCUGUACAAUACAGUAUCUAGUGAAUAAACCCUCAGAGUGCGAAGAGGUUAUUUGCACAGCCUUCUUGGACUUAUUGGGUUAAUGACCAAGAGCCUCAUAAAUACCUUGACUUUAAUGCGUUAAUAAAGAAAGUAUGCUGUGCGAGAAUUAAAUGUCUAAUUUAGCUGAUUAGUUUUAAAGGCACUCAGCCUGUAUUUCGAGUAGGAAGCAAGAACAUGACCUAACACCCCUCCCCCCUUACCCUGUGUCAAACCGGCUGGAACGGGCAAGAUUGUAAAUGUAGCUUCACUGCUUGACCACAAAUAAGCGGUAUAUUGUAUUUUAGUCUAAUUUGGGCAACUUGUAAACUAUAUCGGAAUCAAACUAGCUUAGCCACUUCUAACACACUGAACAAUAAAUCAGAGCAAAAAACAAACUGACCGAAUAACUUGUUACGAAAUAAACAGCUUCAGGAAGAGAGGCCAGCUGUGAUUAACUUUCAGACAAUGGAGAGGAGACAGGCAGAAAAAACAAUAAUCAAGGCUGUCAUUCUGGGGGUCUCGGUUAAUGGUCUCCCCUCAAAUAUAAUUCAUCUAGGCGCUUUAUACCUAAAAUAUCUUUUUUGUGCCUUUUUUUUUUCUGUUACCACCGUUAUAUUAUUCUUUUUUUUUAACUUUGUUUUUUGCUUUUCUUUUUAAUUUACAAUACUAAAAUUAAAGAUUUGUUUUAUACUAUUGUAAUAGGGGUCUGAUCUGCCACGUGGUUUAUAAAGCUUUCCUGCUCAGUCCUGAAAAUGGCAUUAAUGUAAAGGACAGAAAAAGUGAUGUCAUAGGGUCUGACUGCUGACUAUGCUGGGUCUUGUGCAGGGGGUGGGGGGUCCUGACUGCUUGCCAAUCAUUUUUUAAGACUCCUUGGAUUGUCUUCCCUAAAUCUAAUCUCUAAGCUGUCAAUCUGACCAGUUUCAAGACCCCAUUCAUUUCAAGAAGAAUUUGCCUGUCCAGAAACUCUUUGAGAUUGUCCCACCGUCGAGUUUUGGCCAAAUGUUAUAGGUGGCUUCUACUCUAGCUGACAAGUCAGUCUGUGCUGGUUUAAAGAUAAAGAUAAUGCUGGAUGUGGUUGAUUAUGUUGACCCUUUUUUGUCCUGGAAUGAAGUCCCUUAUAGCCACACCAAGCGCAUGGCCCUCUCAGUUUAUUCACUUGAAUUGGAGGGGGUCUGUUGGAGAACUCAUGUGGGGAUCACACUUAUUAUUAAGUAUUCUUCAAAUUGCAGUAUUUAAAAAAUAAAUAAAUAUGGAAACUUGCUGCGCUGGCCUUGCAUGACCGAGAAUCACUGGGCUGUAAAGUGGAAAAUUUGAUUACUUUACCAGGUAGAUAAAGGCAGCCUCAGGGCUUCCAACCAACUGAAUGUGUGCUGUGUUUAUUCCUUAAAUAUAUUGUUUAAAGGUUCUGUUAUGCAGGCAGAUACCUCCCAAUCCCAAAUAUACCUUCCUAAACCAGGCACCUAACAUUCUCCCUAACCUUACUAUGGCCUCCCCAACCUCCCUCCUAACCCGAACAGUACAUUCAUUUUGUAUUUAAUCUUUAUUAUUAAUGCAGUGACUCUUCAGUGUCAGUUUAACCACCUCCUAAUUUUUAAUGUCUAUUUGACAUUCAUGUUUUUAAUGUAUACUGUGCUACUUUAUUACCUGCUUGCUACAAGAUGGUUCGCCAUCUGGCAAGUCUCCCCUAAUUGGUUAGAUGUAACAAAUGCUCGUGGUGAUAAUCUGAGGUUUGUUGCCCUAAGGAUGAGCAGAUUCUGGAUGCACGUAGACCAACAAGUCUCUUAAAUUAACCUUCUCAGUCCUAGUAUUGAAAGACAGACCCGGCUUUCCAAAAUAGCAGACCUCAUUCUGGGAAAUCUGAUAUUCCUGCAAUUGACAUAGUUCAGAGGUUUGUACAUCCCCCCCCCCAGUGCACAAGCUGUUUAAACAACAGACUAAUAUGGCUGCCGAAUAAUGGCUCGGGAGUGAAUGGAACUGAAAGUAACAAUAUAGAAACCUAAAUAGGGUAAUACAGGGCCCAAGUGGAAAAAAAACACCCAUAAUGACAGAAAAAAAUGUACGUUAUAGAAAUUAGUUUAAAUUAUGGCCUCAAUUUAAUAUUUUUGGAUAAGCUUUUCAAAUAAUUUUAGUAUUUUUCAAAUGCUUUUAAAAUUAUUUCAAAUAUUUUAUAGGCAGUAUUUUUAUUAGAUUACUUUAAUCUUUAAAAAAAAUUAUUAAGUUAAUUCAAAAAUCUUUAAUCAUUUGAAAAUCUUAUUAAAAAAAUAUUAAACAGAGGCCUAUAUAAGAUAUAUAUCUAUAAAUCAAGGAAGCCAAUAGGUAGUAUUUUUGUUUGUUUUUGUUGCCAAAUGUAAACAGUAAGUAAGAAUACAUGGAGUGCUGACUUUUUUUUCUUCCUCUGAUUCCAGUUUUUUUUAUCCUAUUCCUGUGUGUAAUGUGCCCACUUUAGUCAUUAGCAAAAUAACAAUAGAAUGAUUGUGACUCUGCACAAUACUGGACUUGUUCCCUCUGACAUUUGAUUUAAGUGUCUUCUCUUUUUUUUAAUCUCCAAUACAGAUGUUCCUACAGCGUUCUAUCCAAUGGCCAUCUCCCCCUGCUUUCCUCUCAAAACUUCUGCAAUCUCCAUCUAAACUUCCACCUAACCCUCAUGCCACUCCCCAAAAGCCAAAACGAUGGACUCUGCCAGCAAUACCUCUACCCACUUUGCCCAACCUCCGCUCUCUUCUGCACUACACAAAGAGUAACAACAACACUAAAUCCUCACCACCUUCCAACAUCAAUGCGGAGCAUUUCCAGAUCUGCAUCAACUUGGUCCACCAUAUAUUUGACAUCUGUAUUCUUGGGUAUCUCUCUGUCUUUUCUCCUGUGUUCCGUAUAACUCUGGAUGUUUUUGGCGUGCAAGGAGCUAUAAAACUCUGGAUCCAUGGCCUUGCAGUAUUCUUGACCACCACCUAUGGGAUGUAUCUCCUUUUCUGGUUAGCCCAAGCGUACCUUUUCCAGCUGGCCUCUUUUUUCGCCAUUUUACAGGCACUAGUCUUGAUGGUCAGCUUGAAAGCAGAGCGGGAGGAGAAAAUGGCAAGAGAAGAACCAGUUGGUGAAGAGGAAGUGGAAGAAAGAAGAGAAGUUGAACAAGAAGAAGGAAUGGAUGAAGGUGGUGAAAGAGAGCCAAUGGAAGAAAGGUGGGCAGGGGGCAGCGAAGACGAAAUGGCCGAUUCUGAUGAUAUGUGGGUGAGUGAUGGAGAGGAAGAAGAAGAGAUUGCUUGAGUUGGCAUCUCCAUCAUACAAAGGUCUUAAGUGUGGUUCCAUCUAGUUGAUGGUCGAGCUGAGCACUGCACGGCACAUUUUAAAAACACUGUGGAACAUUGAAGUUAGCCACUAAUGGAUUCUAGUAAGGGAGUGUCCGUAGAAGUGAUACUUCAGGAUUUUAAAGACAUGUUUUUAUUUCUUAAGAGCUGUGAAUUGAUCUGAAAACAGGAGUUUUCUUCUAAACGGGUGUUCCUAUAAGAAGGUGGUAUGUUGAGUCCGUGUGAUUUUUUUUCUUUUUUUUUUCUAAAGAAGGAAUUGCCAUGGGAAAAGAGUGUCUGAGAAGAAAGAUAAUUAUUUAUUUAAGUAUUUUUAUAUUUUUAUGCUUUCAUUUCUUGUUUUCUGUGGACCAUGAUUUAUAAUAUUAGUGCGAAGCACUGCGAAAAAAUCUUGAAACAGGGAGCAAUAAGUAUAUUUAAUGCAAGUCUAGAACCAAAGAGAACAUCUGUACGAAUUGUUUUGUGAUAUUUUGCAAAUCCAGAUCACCAGCUCAAAAUAUUAGGACUUGCAGGAUCGAACUAUUCUGCAGAAUUAUAACCUGGGCAGCAAUAAAUAGGAUAAUACACUACUUGGAAACACCUAGCAACUAAAAAACAAGAUCUGGAUUACUUAAAUCCAGAGACAGACUGUGACUACAAGAACACGCCGAGCACAGUGAAUAUUCAAUUCCAGAACUGUUGGAAGGUCAUGGAGAGAAUUCCAUUUCAAAUCCAGAACCAGGGUCUGAAGCUGCAGUAGCUAAGACACAUUGCUGUAAUUCACAUAAGGGUACCAUUUUACACACUGCAAAUAAACAUGUACGUGUAUAUUUUGCUGGGGUGGUGGUUUUAUAAUCCAUAAUGAGCUGAGGAUGUUAACUGACUGCAAACGAGGGUUACAGCCAUGUUUGAUUGAAAGAGCGUGGUCAGAAUGUGGGUAUAUCCAGUGUAAAUCGGUUUAAGUGGAAUCUAUGGUAGGAGCAGUUGGACCCCCUCUUCCCCAUCACAGGCAGUUGGGUUUCUCUUGUUUCAUACCUAAUCUAGUGUCAGACAUCAGGAGAUAUAGAUUCCACUAUUCCAUAAAGAAGUUCCAAAACAAUGUGGUUAGUUUACUUACCUGGGAACUGUUGGGAAAUAAUAAGGAGAUUUCACAUUUAAAAACCCCUGUUGGGAAAUAAUAAAGGGAUUUCACAUUUAAAAACCCCUGGGUGGGAGAAUUUUUUCAGUUUUGACUAAUUUGGGCAUACAUGUCCUUGUAAGUUGUUCGCAUUUCUUAGGGUUGUUAAAAAUGCUUGUAUUGUUAACAUUCGCUAUACAUGCUGGUGUGAAUGUAAGGAUAUAGUGAUCUCCUUGCACUGUAACACAAGGAGCAGGGUCACAACAGGUGCUGGACUGUCAUACUCUCUCUGUAUGACUUGGGGUCUGCUAACAGCUGGGACCACUGCGCUCACUCGGAAUGUGCCCAUCUCUCAUUGGCUGCCUGGUAUGUGAACUUUAAUGUAGAUACAGGUUCUCAGAAUUCUAUAUGUGUGCCAAUCAUUGAUACACUAUGAUAUCAAUGGGGAGGCAAACGUUUCUCUAUAUUUAGGGUGUUAAUGUAAAAAGCCGACCCACAGGGGAGUUUAACCCCUUAAGGACACAUGACAUGUGUGACAUGUCAUGAUUCCCUUUUAUUCCAGAAGUUUGGUCCUUAACAUGUUAGAAUUGUACAGAAAGAAAGUGCCUUUAUUAACCCUUGUUAGGAAGGGCAGCAAAUUAGCACAAGGGAGGUUGGUGGAGCUGCUGUGAUGGGUAUUAGAAUGUAUAUAACAAUGUGUAUAGCGCAGGAAUUGCUAGACGUGGAAACGGCAGCUGACGUGGAUUGACCUGCUAGCUGAAUGUAAUGGUAAUAAUGGCAGAGUGUGGCUGAGAGUGGUUGGGAGAGCAGUACGUAUUGGUUAACUCAGAGCAAGUGAGAGGCAAGUAAGAGUAAUAACGAUGGUUUGGAGAAGGUGGAAUCCAGUUUGUCAGAAUGGUUUAAUAAGGAAAUGUCAAUGAAAAUGAGUGCAGCAGAUACAAUGGGUAGACAGUGAGAUGCCAUGUGCUGUCCUGAGGUACAUGAAAAGUGCUGAUGUGACUGUGGAUAUGAGUGACAGAUGUACCAGACAGAGAGUAAAGCACAGAACAGUGAAACUUGUAUUCGUGAAGAUAUUAGAUUAUAAAGAAUGAAUUUCAGCAGGACAUGCUUUGGCCUAAGCCGUCACCCUGGGUGUAUAAUGUAAGUGCUCAGUGAUGCGUUAAAUGGGCAUUCCUCCCACUAUAAACACUAUAGCUCAUUGUAGUGUCUUUGGUGCAAUUAAUGUUUUCUGCCUCUCCCCACCACCCAAACCGAGACCGUCUGCAAAUGCUCAGAUAAUGAGGAAGAUUUGCUUUUACAGUAUGUUUCCAGAAGCAUCCAAGCUUGAACAGCAAAGAUGGCGUCAGAGCGCCGGGGCAGUCUACCUAAUUAACAGCUAUGGAUGGAUAAUGUUGAAGUAAAUCUUCAGUUCUUCAGUUCCAUCCGUGUAGCUGAAGGCUGACAGAAAAUGUGAGGAGGACUGCGUCUAAAGUCUAUUGGCACCAUAACCACUACAAUGAUCUGUCAUUAAAAUAAAUGUUUUUUAUAUGAAUUAAGAUAUCUUCAGAUAUGUGUAAGCUAAGAAACCUGCCUAAUUUAUGAGGUAAUAAAAGUAAAAUCUGGCACAUUCUAUAAAGGUAUACAAGCACAUUUAAGUUUUUUUUUUUUUUUUUGUCUUUUUCAUGUAAAUUAAGUAUAAAUGUGUACAUGGUUAUCUCUUUGGCAGUCCCUGUUACUGCGAGAACAGAGAUAGAAACUGGAUAAUUAGGG